GAGGCCCGGGUCGCCGCCCGCCUUUCCCUGCCCUCCCCGUCUUCCCUCCCCUCCCUGCCCCGCUCUUCUCUUCCCGUCUGAGGUGGCGGCCAGCCUCCCUCUUCUCCAGCUCCGUUUCAGCUCCCGCCCUGGCUCCACGUUCCCGUCGGGCCCCGACACCGGCCUGAGCGCUUCCCCCGUGACUCCAGGGUGGCCGUAUAGCCGCUGGCCCCUCGAGUCCCCGCGCCUUGUGCUUUUCCUGGGCCUCGGUCGUCGCCGUCCCCCGCCAUGAAUGAGGAGUACGACGUGAUCGUGCUGGGCACCGGCCUGACGGAAUGUAUCCUGUCAGGUAUAAUGUCAGUGAAUGGGAAGAAAGUUCUUCACAUGGAUAGAAACCCAUACUAUGGAGGAGAAAGUGCAUCUAUAACACCUCUGGAAGAUUUAUACAAAAGAUUUAAAAUACCAGGCGCGCCACCAGCAUCGAUGGGGAGAGGAAGAGACUGGAACGUGGACUUAAUCCCUAAAUUCCUCAUGGCCAAUGGUCAGCUGGUUAAGAUGCUGCUUUAUACAGAGGUCACUCGCUAUCUGGAUUUCAAAGUGACUGAAGGGAGCUUUGUCUAUAAGGGAGGAAAAAUCUACAAGGUUCCUUCCACGGAAGCAGAAGCCCUGGCAUCUAGUUUAAUGGGACUGUUUGAAAAACGUCGCUUCAGAAAAUUCCUAGUGUAUGUUGCCAACUUUGAUGAAAAAGAUCCCAGAACUUUUGAGGGCAUCGAUCCUAAGAAGACUGCAAUGCGAGACGUGUACAAGAAAUUUGACUUGGGACAAGAUGUCAUAGAUUUUACCGGCCAUGCCCUGGCACUUUACAGAACCGAUGACUAUUUAGAUCAGCCAUGUUGUGAAACCAUUAAUAGGAUUAAACUUUACAGUGAGUCUCUGGCAAGAUAUGGCAAAAGCCCGUACCUUUAUCCACUCUACGGCCUCGGAGAGCUGCCACAGGGAUUUGCAAGGCUAAGUGCUAUUUAUGGAGGUACCUACAUGCUCAAUAAACCCAUUGAAGAAAUCAUUGUGCAGAACGGAAAAGUGAUUGGUGUGAAAUCUGAAGGAGAGGUGGCCCGCUGUAAGCAACUCAUCUGCGACCCCAGCUACGUCACAGACCGGGUGGAAAAGGUGGGCCAGGUGAUCCGAGUCAUCUGCAUCCUCAGCCACCCCAUCAAGAACACCAGUGACGCCAACUCCUGCCAGAUCAUCAUUCCCCAGAACCAGGUCAAUCGGAAGUCAGAUAUCUACGUCUGCAUGAUCUCCUCCGCGCACAACGUGGCCGCGCAAGGAAAGUACAUCGCCAUCGUCAGCACCACUGUGGAGACCAAGGAGCCAGAGAAAGAAAUCAGACCGGCUUUGGAGCUUUUGGAACCAAUCGAACAGAAAUUCGUUAGCAUCAGUGACCUCCUCGUACCAAAAGACCUGGGAACAGAAAGCCAGAUCUUCAUUUCCCGCACCUAUGAUGCUACCACUCACUUUGAGACCACCUGUGACGACAUUAAAGACAUCUACAAGAGGAUGACCGGCUCCGAGUUUGACUUUGAGGAAAUGAAGCGCAAGAAAAACGACAUCUACGGGGAAGACUAAGUGCACGCGCUCACCUCGUUAGGACAGACUAACUCUGGCAAACGACGCAUACUGUGUGACAUCACUAUUGUAAGGCCUGCUUUUGUAAUCAGAACUGAGACUGCAGCGCACUGUACCAGUGACUACGCCUCCCUUUCUAAUAUCAUGUAUUAACUCGUUUUCAUGGAGUGGCUCUUCGGAAUUGGCAGGUGACCACGUUCUGUUCAGUUUAACCAAUACUGGCUUUUUCCCUAGUGAAGGAUCCAUUUUAAGAAAAUCCUGUGAUCCUGAUACGGAGCACCUGAUACAGUAUUUGUAUCUUUUAAUCAGUGUCGCCUCCGCGGUCGUGUGCUUCUGCUCGAGCGCUGGAGCAGUACCAUCCGCGUGCCAUCUGUCCCCCGGGCGCAAGAUUCCAAGUGAACAUUCCAUCACUUGGGACAGCAUCCCCGCGUUGGCCCCACACUGUUCCAUCUUGUGUGUCCUGUCCGCUGUUACGACAGUGCCCACAAACACAGCCACAGGUUGGGGUUACGUGGGCCUAAAAUUCUAACCCAGUUCCAGGCUUGAGUGUCAUUUGGGAGGAAGGCUGUGUGCGGUGUUUUAACCUUAUAAAAUUGAUGAGAGCAAGGGGGGAAGAAACCUAUCGUAAGGCAGGUAAACGUAGAAGCUUCUUUUGUAUCCCAGGUGUGGCUUCUUCAGCGGACCAAGCUGCGACGCAGUAUUGUUUGACAGAGCCUCCCCUUCAGUGAUGUCUGUCUCAGACGGCUCCACAUGAUUUCUGUACUGCAAAAUAAAGCGAAACUCUGGAAACCA